UCAGUUGCCUCGCGAGGACAUUCGCGAUUCAACGGCACCAUGUCCCCAUCCGUGUCCAACUUCCGCAGUGCACCUCUGAGGACUGCGCAGACAGAUAUCUCGAGUCCAACCAUCAAAACGAUACCUGAGCUUAUUGACUUCCACGCCCACCAGAAUCCGGAUCAUGUCUUUUGCAUCCAGUCUGAUUUCUCUCUCGGGGGCGACAUAUUCCAUACCGUUGACUAUGCUUGCCUCGAGAACGCGAUACUCGCAUGCCAAACGAGCAUUCUUGAUGACAUUGGCCCAGUCUGUCUUCCAAGACAAGAUGCAGAUGGUCAAAUUAUCAAGAGCGCUCCUGUCGCACUCCUCAUGGAGAGUGACCUGAGUAUCCUACUGUACCUGUUUUCUCUGUUCGGCCUAGGCAUUCCCGUGGUCCUACUUUCGAUUCGCCUCAGUCCACUCGCCAUCAAGAGUCUGCUUUCAGAGACCGGAGCUUCCGUCAUUUACACUUCGAAGCAACACAUGUCGUUAGCCAAGGAAGCGCAUUCUCUUCUUGCCAACGGAAAGCAUCACUACCUUUCCAUCAAAUCGUCGACAUCUUACAGACAGUUCUUGAAUGUUGGAAAUCUGGAUCGAACCCGUGUAUACGUAGAUUGGCACCACGUCGCAGACGAUGAUCGAAACGUAUUCAUACUGCACUCCUCUGGUACUACUGGUCUGCCAAAGGCAAUCCGUCAGUCUCAUAGCUAUGUGCUCAACUAUCUCUUGUGUUGUGACUUGUCGGAAGAAGACAGCCAUCGACUCAAUCUCACCAGUCUACCUCUUUUCCAUGGAUUUGGACUACUGGCACCUCUACUUUCCCUGAGCCUGGGAAAGCCCCUCGUAAUUCCUCCCUCCUCGCUCCAAACGGGCGCACAAGUAGUAUCGCUCCUCGAACGAUUCACGCUUGGGUCUUUCAUGACUGUCCCAGUUAUCUUACAAGAGCUUGUCGAGUUGGAUAAUCCGAGAGUCAUGGAGGCGCUGCGGUCUCUCGACUUUGUGGCCUGCGCUGGAGGUGCCUUGAAAGAAUCAGUCGGCAACAUGCUAGCGGCGGCCGGCGUGAACGUGUUGAACUCGUAUGGCAAUACGGAAGCGGGCCCUCUUUCUGUCAUGUACGUACCUCCAGAAGGCUACGACUGGCGGUGGUUUAUGCUGCGGGAUGACAUGGGGAUUCAGAUGAUAACUGAGGAGAAUGAGGCAUGCACCGACCCGGAUACAUGCAGACUCUCAGUUCGACCACCAGGUUGGAUACAGAAUUUUGAGAUGCAAGAUUUGUUCGCUAUCGAUCCCAGUGAUGGAACAAAACGAAGGCUCCGGCCUCUUGCGCGAACAGACGAUGUUAUUGUCUUGAAGAAUGGGGAAAAGGUUUCGCCAUAUAUUGUUGAAAGUGUUCUCGCCCAACGAGACGACGUAAAGGCUGCCGUUGUUUUUGGCAGCGGUCAGUCUCAACUCGGGGUUCUCAUUGAGCCAUCACGAUCGAUUUCCUCUACAAAGGAGCUGGCAGGGUUCAAAGACAGUAUAUUGCGUUAUCUAGUCGAAUCAGGGACUUCCAUAGACGCACAUGCUCAUAUUGUCUUUCGCGAAGCUGUUAUCGUCCUUAAUGAAGGCCAAACCUUGCUUCGCUCUGACAAGGGCACUGUAUUGAGACGCGCCUGCUAUGAAAAAUAUAGCCAGGAGAUUGAAAAAGCAUAUGAUGAAUUAAGCAAAGGCGCCGUCGACGUUGAUGUUAAAAUUCUUCGCGGCGACGUAGAAGACAAUAUUGAGAAGUUGAUCAGCACAAAGAUCCUGCGUUCUGGACAACCGACUGAACUCACUCGAUUAACAGAUCUCUUCGAGCUGGGUAUUGACUCGUUGCAAGUCGGACAACUGCACCGAAUCUUGCUUUCCAGUCUGUCACUGGAAUUGGGGGAUCGCGCUGCUGCUGAGCGCAUCGUACCGCGUGGAUUUGUUUACCUAAAUUCCACUAUAUCAAAAAUGGCAGAGGCUCUAAAGGGAGAAUCGAGAGCUGAUGAGUCGAAUUCCUCGAAGGAAGACGCUAUCCAAAAAUAUGUCCGCGAACACGAUGUCCCACCGCGCCUGUGGGGUGCAAAACAGCCUCCCCAAGGGGCCGUAGUUCUUCUGACCGGUGCGAGUGGAGGCCUGGGCUCUCAUAUUCUGCGAGAGCUGGUCAAAGAUAACUCUGUCAAGCAGGUUAUCUGUUUGGACCGUGCUGCCUCUGGUUAUGUCGACGCUUAUACUAGACAGUACACCUGCAGCAGCGAGAAAGGCGCCGACAUACCCCCACAGUUUCAAAACAAGAUUACAAUACUGAACACAAGAACAUAUGAUAUGCAUCUUGGAUUGCAAGACUUCUACUACGCAAGCCUCGUGGCUACCGUCACGCACGUCGUACACAAUGCUUGGCCUAUGGACCUCAAUCGUCGGCUCCAUUCGUUCCGCCCUCAGUUUCAAACAAUGUCCAACCUGCUUCGCUUUUGCUUGGACGCGAAGGAACUGCACCUUAACAAGGAAGGCUUCAAGGUGCGAUUGCUCUUCGUCUCAUCAAUAUCCGUCGUUGGAUUCUACAACGGCAACGAAAAAAGCUGUACCAAAGACACUGGCGCUUUUCAUAAUAGCUCUACUUUCCUGAUCCCAGAAGAUGCAUCCAUCGAGGCUUCUCACACCCUCCCGGUAGGUUACGCAGAAGCGAAGCUCGUGUGCGAGAGGUUAGUGCGCAACGCCACAAACGCCGGUAUCGUCGAUGGCGUUAUCACCCGAAUGGGCCAGAUUGCUGGCGCAUUGGAAAACGGGUACUGGAACAAGGCUGAGCAUAUUCCCAUGAUGAUACGCUCGUCAGUAAAAAUGAGAGCUCUGCCUAAAAUUGAAGGGACUCUGUCGUGGAUCCCUCUCGACCUCGCUGCUCGCAGCGUAUCUACCAUCCUCCUCCUCCCUCCCUCCAACAACCCCUUCUCACCCCGCGACAACCAUAUAGUCUAUCACAUUGAGAAUCCACAACGCCAAAAGUGGGAGUCGGUCCUUACCCCUUUAUCCAAGAAUCUCAACCUACCUCUUGUCGAAUUUCGCGAGUGGGUAGACUUGCUGCGCUCUCACCCGUCUCAAGGCCACGAACGUCCUGAUGACAGUACGGGAAACGACAAAACAGACGACCUUGCCUCCCAUGAACCGCUUCUGCAUUUCUUCGAAACCUUUUUCGAGCGAAUAGGGUGUGGGACGGUUGUAUUGGGUAUGGACCGUGCAAUAUAUGCUUGUCCAGAGAUGUUGGGCGGAAUGGAUUCCGUGGGUCCUGAUCUAUUGGACAAAUACUUGGACUACUGGAGGGAUUGCGGAGUCAUUGCUGGUACUGAGCGCUGA